AUGAAUUNUCAAAGUACAACAACUACUAUUUCAAGCAGUUCAACUACAACUCUCAGCUCUUCUCCAACAGGAACUGUUGAAGUGACAACAGCACCAACAGUAGGCACAGGUACAACUAUUUCAACAUCUGCACCAACAACUGUAUCAACAGUACAAACACAAACAGGUCAAAGUACAACAACUACUAUUUCAAGUAGUUCAACUACAACUCUCAGCUCUGCUCAAACAGGAACUGUUGAAGUGACAACAGCACCAACAGCAGGCACAGGAACGACAGUUUCAACAUCUACACCCUUGACCGUAACAACAACAGUAACAGUGGCAGUGGUAGUUUCAACGUCAACUGUCAGUGAAGGAACAACAAGUGCAAGCAGCGCAGCGACAAACGUCACAACAGCAGAAACAACUGCGCUUACCAAUGCAACAACAGUGGCAACAAAUGUAUCAACCUCAAUCACUUCUAGACCUACAACAGUAACAGUGACAGUCGAAAAUUCGACUCUGAUUGUGACUACAGAAAUAACUAGUUCAAUAACCAAUGCAAGUUCACCCACUACUAUAUUAACAACAGUUCCAAUUAAUACAACACAAUCGACAACUAUUACUAGCAUGUCAACGGCAACAACUAUUUCCACUACUACAACCGCAUCACCACAAAGUAACUUUACAGAUUUGAUUUUGAAUAUAUAA